AUGAAGCGGCCAGCUGCACAUGGAACUCCUGGAGCAGCGACUUUCGUGGCUUCAGAGUACACUGUGUGGAAACAGACCUAUUCCUCGAAGUCUGCCUGUUAUGAUGAUCUUGGUUGCGGAGGCCAUGCUGCCCGUGCGGUCAAGUCAUCAGGCAAAGUCACAUUUCUCAGGUGCCGAUUGCGAUCUUCCAAACCACCGUGCCACUGGUCUGCCAUGAUACGGGUGGCUUCGGAUGACUCAGUCGAGCUCUUGCAACUUGACGACCCGAAGUUUGCUGAGCACAACUCCAAGAGUGUUCUGCAAGGCAAAAGGGGAUGGGAGGACUUCCAGGAGCGCAAAACAGUAAGCAAGCUGCUGACCGACUGUGCCACCAGCAGACCACAAAGAGCCUUGCGAUCUGCUCGUUUGCUGGAUGUUGGUCCUGUGAAAAAAGUCCAGCUCAAGCAGGUGCAGAAGCUCAAAGAGAAUCUUGUAAAGAAAGUGUAUGGGUGCCGCGAACUUGGACAGCUCAGGGAAGCUAUCAACAAGCGCAAAGCUCUGCCAGCAGCCCGCGACCGUGGCUACUUUCGCUACAGCUCUGUCUCCACUGAUGGCAAAAAAAACAAAGUAGCCAUGGUUGCCACAACACGGCCUUUGCAGGAAAGAUGGGUCAAUCAGCCUUCAUGUGUUGCUUCAAUGGACGGUGGCUUCAAAUUCAACUUGCUGGGCUGGCCACUUCAUGUGUUGGGCCAUGUCAAUGAGGCAGGUCAAUUUGGACUUUGUGCGCUGGGGCUAUCGUCAAAUCUGGAGCAAAAGACUGUUCAGAGCAUGCUUGAGGGAUUUCGCGAUAGCACUGCGCGUGUGACGCGGAGCAACACAAGGAAGAAACUGGCAAUGUCUGACGCAGAGGCUGCUUAUCGCAAGUCACUACGUGAGGUGUUUGGCGCCUCCAAUCUCAUGUGCUACUUCCACGUGAAGCAAGCCUGCAAGGACUAUAUUGUCAAGCAUGGGCAUGGUUCGGCCGAACAGAGGAAUGAGAUUUGGGACCUGGUCUCUGACGACAUCGAUGUGUUGCGAGGUGCACAGACUCUCGCGGACUUCCAGUCAAGGUGCGCGGCAAUCAAAGCUCAAUGGGAUGCGGGCAUUGUCUCAGAGCGCACUGCUUGGCUGGACAAAGGCAAAGAGGAACGCAACUUCCCGGAAUAUUUCGCGCGGCAGUGGGGCACACAGGUGCCAGACUGGUACAUAGGGGCGUCCAAUGCAGCCAUCGCCCCAAGCACCAACAAUGCCGCAGAGGCUUGCAUCAAGAACACACGCCUCGACGCUGGCAAUGUGGUCGCCGGCAUCGGGGAAAUCGUGGCUUUUCUCUUAUCUCAAGUCGAAGCUGUUUCACGCAACAACUUCGAUGCAGCAGCAGCUCGCGUGACUCCGCGGCCUGUUUGGCGGCGGGCCGCCGCCUUCAGCACACACAUUGGCACCCAACUUGUGCGCAAAGUUGAGCAGGAUGGACAGGCUUGGUAUGUUUGCAGCCCGCGAGAAGACCCGAGCGAUGAAGACGUCGGUGCCCGCAAAGUCUUGAGCACGGUCUCUGCAACAGCCCUUGUCAAAGCCUUCUGCGCUCAGCGGCAAGGCAAAGCCACCACUGCCACGCAGCUUGCAAAGUUCACUGGAUCCGACGGUUGUCGGGUGUUUGGUAUCCUCAAUCAGGUCGCAUUUUGCACUUGUCCUGCAUUCUACCAUCCUCGCCGUUGCUUUCACACUUUGGAAGUUUACUUGGGCAAAGUGAAGCUGCCAGAAGAGCUGGACACCACGCCGGUGGGCAUGGCAGUGCGUGGCAACAAGCCCAAGGCUCCGGGCCGCUAUGCUGUGCCUCUCCGAAGCGACGCCAAGGAUUUACGCAUAGCGCACUUGGAGGCUGAAGUACGUAAGCUUCGCAAGCAAGAUGCUAAGCUUCCACCUGCAGCAGACCCAGAUGAUAUCACUGGCGCAAGCUGCUCCAAGCCUGCGCGGCGCAUCAGGGGCAAGACUGCCGACCAGGCGGUUGCACGGCUUCCAGACACACUCGGAGGUCCUCUGAACCACGUCCCUGCAGAUUUGCAUGAGACCUGUUGCGCUGCGGCUGACAAGGGUCAGUUUCCCAUCACGUCCCCUGCGCAAAGAGCGCAGUUCAUCCAGGGCGAGCCUUGGAAAGUUUGCAUUGUCCCCCAAUCAUUGAUGGAGGCUUUGCGAUGGGGAUAUGUGCACCCAGACGCGGCUGCGCCGGCCGGAUUAGUGUGGGAGCAAGCGGCUUCCGGACACCUCGUUUUGUCCGCAAGAGGUGGCCAGGCGGGCGAGCUUCGCAGUGCCCGCGGGGACACCUGGUCCGGGGCCUAUUACUCCCCAACCCUGCUCACUUUCAAAUCUGCAUGGUUGCUCUAA